AUGAAUAUGUCUUCAAGAGCGCUCAUAUCACUUUUGAGAUAUCAUGUAAGAUAUGGAGCUCCAAAGUUGCUCUCGUAUCAACUCCUGCAACUACAAAUAUUGCCAGAUUCGAAGACUUGGAACCCAAAUGCAUACCUGUUUAUCAGUACCUCACAUAGCUUGACAAGAAGAUUACAAAAAUACCCUUCAUUUCUAUCAUAUACUACAGGAAACGGGUGUUACGGGGAUAGGUUUCUUCACAGUAGCCACCACACUGAUUUGCAAUAUCUACUCGUAAAGUAUCAAGAUCUGGUAGAUACUAAGGAAAAAUAUGUUUCUUUUAUCGAUGAUGAAACUUUCCCCAAACAAAGUUUUGUUCUAACUCUUCCUUCGUCAGUUCAAAUACUUAAUCUUCCAGGACUGAUUGAUUGCUCCCACGGCUUGGUAUUCUUGUACGAUAAUCAUCCGAAUUUGAGAACUGCGAUGGCUGUUCUAUGGAACCCUUCAAUUAGAAAAUCGAUUGUUGUUGAUGUGCCUAAUGAGAUGUAUGUGGGACAUGAAACAGUUGUUGGUUUUGGGGUCUGUCCUGUAACCAUUGAUCUUAUGAUCAUCAAGAUUACACAAUUCAAUUGGUGGUAUACAGAGAAAAGUGAAAUCAACAACCCUUGGAAUGUUAAGAUUUAUACGAUGAGUUCUGGGAACUGGAGAAUUCUAUCUAGCAAUCUGUUGAGUAAGUCAUUUCGAGUUACAUUUCCUCAGGUAGUUAUUGAUAGGUUUAUCUAUUGGUAUGCUUUGCACAAGGUGCCCAUAGAUGGUAGAUUAAGGAGUUGUAAUGCGAUUGUGAUAUUUGACAUGAGUAAUGAGACUUUUGGAGUUGUAGAUCUUCCAGAUAGUUUAGCACACCAUCCUAACACAGAGUUGUGUAUUUCUAAGUCUGAUAAUGAAGACGAUUCAAGAAAAUGCGAUCAAACUGUGUUUCCAUGGCUUAAAUCUGAACAGGGUAUAUGUAAAAAUGGUGAUGUAGCAAAGGAGAAAGAUAAUAAAAAGCCAUUAGGGUUUCCAGUUUUUGGGAACUUUUGUAAAAAUGAUGCUUCUUCUGUAGUUUCGACCUCUGCAUCAAUUAAAAAAGAGGGAUCGACAUCAAUGUAG